AUGGCCGCUCCGUCCAGGCACACGCUUGCUGGGCCCGGGCGCCUUCCUCGCUCAGGGGCCACAGAGCAGGUGCGCAAGCGCCGUGAGCUCCCCCCGCGGACCCCCGAACCCAACGGUCCCGGCGAGGCUCCCAGAGGUGGCGGUUGUGCUUUGAAGGCAGACCUUGCCAAGCUGGCCGACAAGAUGCUGCGCACCCCCAAGUGCUCGCGGUGCCGGAACCACGGCUUCCUGGUGCCCGUCAAGGGACACGCGGGCAAGUGCCGCUGGAAGCAGUGCACCUGCGAGAAGUGCUACCUGAUCACCGAGCGCCAGAAGAUCAUGGCCGCGCAGAAGGUGCUCAAGAAGCAGGCCUCCGAGGAGGAGCUGGAGGGGCCCGAGCUGGCCUCCGGGGCCGCGGCCACCGCCCCGGGCUCCAGCCUCCGCCCGGUGCCCCUGUUCGCGGCUUCGCGAAACCCGGGACUGGGUCCCGAGGGCCGCGCGGCCGCCUCCUUCCCGGGGAGGCCCCCGCGGGGCCCGAGCCCGGGCCCGAGCGCCUUCCAGCCGGUCCUGGGCGGCCGCGGCCACGUGGGGCCGAGGGAGCGCGCCGCGGCGGCCCUGCCCGGGGGCCCCCAGCUCGGCGCGGAGGCCGCAGGCAGGAGCUACCCCGGCCGCCCGGAGCUGCGCAGGCCGCUGCGGCCUGUGCCCAGCCCGCCCUUCGCCGACUUCGGGCACUCUCUGAGCAUCAGCUCCGACUGUGUGGUGGGAUCUGAGUACCUGGACAGGGAGCCUUCCAAGCUGUACCCGGGCUGCUCUGGCAUGCACCCGUACCGCACGUUCCCACUGGGCUACCAGGACGCCGGCCCGGAUGCUGGGGUCCCCCUGCAGCAGGGCUUCCGGCACGUGUCCUGCAGCCACUACCAUGGAGGCUUGGUGUCGGAGCCACUGGGGGACUUCCAGCCCAGCUACAACCCACCGGCCCUGCCUCCGCCGCCGCCGCCACCGCCACUGCCGCCAGCCCCGUUCCUGCCCCCGGGCUUCCUCUCUGCGCUCCACUUCCUCCCACCGCUGCCUCCGCCACCACCGCCGCCCUCCUUCUCACUGACCGUCGUGGCCGAGGCCCACAGGGAGGCCACUGACGACCAGGACGACCAGGAUGCGGAUGUGCCUGUGCCCUGCGAGCCCAGCCAGCCCUUGUCCCAGGAGCAGUCAGACUAG